UCCACUCUUGUCUUGGCGCCACCAUACGUAUUGUUACUCGACUGAAACUGAACCCCUCCUCCUAGCCUCUCGGCCGCCCUUUGUUCCUCCCCUCCGUUCGACGCCGGCUAGGCCGCGCCGGGGACUCUCCUCUCCUUCACGCCUCACUCUCUCCCUCCUCCAGUCUCUGAUCCUCACUCGCACAGUCGGGCGCGAAGCUCGAGUUUGGGGGCUCUACUCUCCUUCACGCCGACAGCCGACGCAACGCUCGAGGAUCCUCACUCAGCUCGUCUUCCUUGCUUUCUGUCUCCGACGCCACACAAGGAAGACUAGUUACUGAGAAUGGCAGAAGAGGUUGAAGGAGUGACAUUUAAGGAUCUGGGCUUAUCUGAGCCGCUGGUGGAAGCCUGUGAAAAGUUGGGGUGGAAAAAACCAUUGAAGAUUCAAGCUGAAGCAAUUCCUCUUGCACUGGAAGGAAAGGAUGUUAUUGGGCUCGCCCAAACUGGCUCUGGGAAGACUGGUGCCUUCGCUCUUCCCAUACUGCAUGCCCUUCUUGAAGCGCCGCGACCAAAAGAUUUUUUUGCUUGUGUGUUGUCUCCCACAAGAGAGCUUGCUAUUCAAAUCUCCGAACAGUUUGAAGCAUUAGGUGCUGAAAUUGGUGUCAAGUGUGCUGUGCUAGUUGGAGGGAUUGAGAUGGUGCAGCAGGCAAUCAAGAUAGCAAAGCAGCCUCAUAUUAUUGUUGGGACACCUGGUCGUGUUAUAGAUCACCUAAAAAACACUAAAGGCUUUACUCUUAACAGACUGAAAUAUUUGGUCCUAGAUGAGGCUGACAGGCUCUUGAAUGAGGAUUUUGAGGAAUCUUUAAAUGAGAUUCUGCUAGCUAUCCCUCAACAGAGAAGAACAUUUCUGUUUUCUGCUACAAUGACUAAGAAGGUCCAAAAACUCCAAAGGGUUUGUUUAAGGAAUCCUGUGAAGAUCGAAGCAGCAUCUAAAUAUUCUACUGUCGACACUUUGAAGCAGCAGUUUCGCUUUUUGCCUGCUAAGCACAAGGAUUGCUACCUCGUCUAUAUUCUGACUGAAAUGGCUGGAAGUACGUCCAUGGUGUUUACCCGCACAUGUGAUUCGACCCAGCUCCUGGCUUUAACUCUUAGAAAUUUGGGCCUCAAAGCCAUCCCAAUUAACGGUCAUAUGAGCCAGUCAAAGAGACUUGGAGCCUUGAACAAGUUCAAGUCUGGAGAUUGCAAUAUUCUUAUUUGCACAGAUGUGGCAAGUAGAGGUCUGGACAUUCCUACAGUAGAUAUGGUUAUCAACUAUGAUAUCCCUACAAACUCAAAGGAUUAUAUACAUCGUGUGGGAAGAACUGCGCGGGCAGGGCGAUCUGGCGUUGCCAUUUCCCUUGUGAAUCAAUAUGAACUGGAGUGGUACAUUCAGAUAGAGAAGCUUAUAGGCAAGAAGUUACCAGAGUAUCCUGCGCAGGAAGAAGAGGUUCUGCUUCUGGAAGAGCGUGUCAGCGAGGCCAAAAGAUUAUCAGCAAUGAAAAUGAAGGAGAAUGGAGGGAAGAGGAGAAGGAAGGGUGAAGGAGAUAAUGAAGAGGAAGAUAUUGAAAAAUAUUUAGGUCUCAAAGAUGGAAAAUCAUCCAAGAAGUUCAAAAGGAAAUGAGACUAUACCUCAGCAGAUUAGUUUUUGCAAUCUUUCAUUGUAUAUGGCAAUUUUGAUAUUUAUUAUUUAUUUAUAUUUAAUAUACUUGUUGCGUUAGGUCCAGUUUUCUUAACUAUAAUGCGCUCCUGCUAUUGCUAAUGUCAUUGUUCAGAGGGCUUGGUAUUGAGGGAUCUAGAUGAAUUGUAUGAUAGGGAAAAACUGAUGUUAUAAACUUUACCAAUGAACCUUUUCCAGACUCCAAUCUGUCUAACUUCCUUUGAAUUCA